ACCAGCGCCAAACAUCAAUGACUAUCUGAGGGUACCGUUAAAUGCCAACCGCAGGCCGCUGUUACAGGACCAAAAGAAAAAAAAAAUUCGAGAAGGGAAGAAAGAAGGCAGGUAAAAUUGAAGUAAACCAAAUCAUAUCUGUUCCCUCUCCAUUUUGGUUCUGACCACGUGGUUAUUGUUCUACAAAUGGAUAAUGGAGACUGGGGCCAUAGGAUGACUACUCCUGUUACCUUGAACGUGGGAGGCCACCUGUACACCACCAGUUUAUCCACCCUGCAGCGCUAUCCAGACUCCAUGCUGGGGGCCAUGUUCAGGGGAGAUUUCCCCACAACUCGCGAUUCUCAAGGGAAUUAUUUCAUCGAUCGUGAUGGCACACUCUUCCGGUACAUCUUGAACUUCCUGCGGACGUCUGAGCUCACCCUCCCCGUGGAUUUCACAGAGACAGACCUCCUGAGGAAAGAGGCGGACUUCUACCAGAUUGAACCUUUGAUUCAGUGCCUUAACGAUCCCAAGCCGCUGUACCCUCCUGACAUCUUCGAGCAGGUCGUGGAGCUCUCUAGCACUCGGAAACUGUCGAAAUACUCCAACCCAGUCGCUGUUAUCAUCACACAGCUAACCAUAACUACGAAGGUUCACGCCCUGCUGGAAGGUAUUUCCAACAACUUCACCAAGUGGAACAAACACAUGAUGGACACCAGAGACUGCCAGGUGUCGUUCACCUUCGGGCCAUGUGACUAUCAUCAGGAGGUGUCCUUAAGAGUUCACCUCAUGGACUACAUUAUGAAACAGGGCUUCACCAUCAGGAACACGCGUGUGCAUCACAUGAGUGAGCGCGCAAACGAAAACACGGUGGAGCAUCACUGGACUUUCUGUAGACCAGCUCAUAAAGUUGAAGACUGAGUUGCAGCACAGUUGUUGUGGGUGACAUUUGUCUUGUAUGUUACACAAAUCAUCAUCAAAAAAAGAACAAGUUUGACCUCUAAUAAUAAGGAUAUUGUUUUCUUAUUUUGAUCAAUGUGUAACAGCGCACAAACUUCAAAGUCCAGACAUUGGCAUAAAAACAAUAAAAAUGUGAAUUCUUACAACAAAGUGUUGUCAUAGUAUAACACUUGGUUACAGUAUUUGACAUUUCUUGAAAAAGGAAUACUUCUUUGAUGUUACAAAGCAAAAACAGCAUUUUUUAUGAGGCAGAAAGUCCCUAUAGUUAUGAUUUUAUUCAUUUAGGGAUACUAUAUUAUACCCCAGUGAUGCUAACAAUGUGGGUACAUUGAUUUUUACAGGAAUAAUUGGGAUUUAAUGCGGUGUCAAUGCCUGCAUGUGUUUAUCCCAAAGUCAGUGAAGUAGUUGUGAACAGGUAAUAAAAGUAGUUGUGAACAGGUAGCCAUGAUUUGAGACUAUAUGCCUGCAUAUUGUAUCAAAUCUACAUCUUAACAUGCAUUAAUAUAAAUUAAGACCACAAUUUGGGAGGAAAAAUCAAAAAGAAGUGAUUUUAAAAGCUGUCUUGGUCACAAUUUAUGUCACAUUCUGGACUACAGACACUGAACAAAGAACUUCAAUGGAUCCCAAGGUGUCAGGAGU